UAGCUGAUAAGUUGUGUCGGGGUGGAAAUGGGCAGGGAACGGGAGCUUGCUUGUACGCUUUCGUGCUGUGAAGUGUUGGUUUCUUAAAGGGGGCCAUCUCGACUGUUCUUCUUCAUUCACCAAGCUCUAUUUGUGAUUCUUGUCUGUGAAAACGGAACACGUAAUUGUUUUUAAUGUGCCGCGAAUAUCAGCGAUCAAAGCUCAUUUACAUGGUGAUUGUAAAGCGUUAAAAGAUGUUGGGAGACGAUCCACCGUACCUGUCAGUAGGUACGGAGGUUAGUGCUAAAUACAAAGGUGCUUUCUGCGAAGCUAAGAUUCGGAAGGUAGUAAGAUCUGUGAAAUGUCGAGUAACUUACAAACAAGGAUUAGGAACUGCUACAGUUACCGAUGAUCAGAUAAGAGGGACUUUAAGAGUCGGUGCAUCAGUAGAGGCAAGACAUAGCGAUAAGAAGGAUUUUGUGGAAGCUACCAUUACCAAAAUACAAGAUUGCAGUCAAUAUACUGUAGUUUUUGAUGAUGGAGACAUUACUACUUUAAGAAGAACUGCUCUUUGUUUAAAGAGUGGAAGACAUUUUGCAGAAAGCGAAACAUUGGACCAACUUCCUUUAACGCAUCCCGAACAUUUUGGAAAUCCUGUUAUCGGAGGAAGAAGAGGAAGACGGUCAAGGCAAGCUCAAGAUGAAAGUAGCGAUGAUGAGGAUAGCCCUCCUAGAGGAAAUCGUGAUUUUGCAUCUAAUAUGGGAGGAAAAGAAGGCAUUGAAACAGAGCCUGAAAUUGGACGAGUUGUUUGUGUUGAAUUGGGAGACAAAAAGAAAAAAGAUAACUGGUUUCCUGGAUUAGUAGUAGCUCCUACUGCUCAAGAUACUGUACGAAUCAGAGUAAGAGAUGAUUACUUGGUGCGUUCAUUUAAGGAUGCAAGAUAUUACACAGUACCGAAAAAGGAAGCAACUGAAUUUACUAAGGAAUUGGUGAAUAAAGUUGAAAACAGUACAUUAAAAGUUGCAGUUGAAAAAGCAUUGCUAUUUUUAGAAAAAAAUGAAUUACCUCCACAUUGGGAUAGAGAUUCACUAUUUGGAAAUUCUGUUUCUAGUGGUAAUAGUGAUUCUGAUAGAGAAUUAGAUUCCGAUAGUUCAGAUGACGAGCCGCGCGAGGAAAAAGAUCACUUUGUAGCCCAAUUAUAUAAAUUUAUGGACGAUAGAGGAACACCAAUAAAUAAUUGUCCUAUGAUUGGUUCCGAAGAUAUAGAUUUGUAUAGAUUAUUUCGAGCAGUUUACAAAUUAGGUGGUUACAAUCGUGUUACGAAUCAAAAUCAAUGGAAAUCUAUAACACGUCGAUUAAGUUUUUCAAUGCAAAACUCACCAUCUACGCACAAUUUGGUGAAACAAGCAUAUAAAAAAUUUUUACAUUCUUUUGAAGAUUUUUAUAGAAAAUUGGGUUGUACAAUGGUGAACCAUCCAAGAGGUAGUACACGGAAACAACGUCCCGGCAGAAGUUUGAUUAGAGAUAAGGACAGAAAUACGCCUAUUCCACCACCUGCUGCUCCAGUAUCAAAGAACGAAAAAGAGGAAGAUGAGAAAAAGUCACAAGAAGAUGAGAAAAAAGAUAAAAAGGAAACGAAAAAAGAACAGUUAAAAGAGGAUGAAUCAAAAUUAAAGAAGAAAGAUGAUGUAGAUGAAGUUGGAAGUGGUCAAGAAAGUGAUAUAAAUGUUGAUGCAGAUCCAGAAACAUCUAGUAGCGAGAAGUCACCGAAAAUUUCUCCUCAAAUUGCAUCAGUGCCAAGUAGAGCAAAGUUAAAGAGUAAAGAGGAUAAUAUGAAAAAGAAAGUUGUAGAAAAGAAAAAAAGUGAAACUAAAAAACAAGAGAAAAAAGAUGAGAAAGUGAAAGAAGAAGAAGCAACAAAAACAAGAUCUAAAUCUAAGGACGAUACAGUGAAAAAUAAAGCUUCUUCUGAAGCAAGGGAGACACGAACACCAUCCAGGGAAUCCGAGAGAAGAGCUUUAACAAAACAAAGACGUUUAACGGAUGAGGAAUUAAAACGACGUGGUAGAAAACGUAAAGAAUAUGAAGCUGAAAAAUCGAAAACCGAUGAACAACCUGGGGAGUCCGCCGCACCCUGUUAUAAAGGUCCAGUAGAAUUAGGUGAUAGGUUGAAAGUUUAUUAUGGACCAACGCAUGAAUCUAAAGUUACAUAUGAAGCGAAAAUCAUUGAUAUGGAAAAAGAUGGUAAUGAACCAAUGUAUCUUGUACAUUAUACUGGCUGGAAUACAAGAUAUGAUGAAUGGAUAAAACCAUCGAGAAUUGCUCAAAAUUUUACUCAGGCUCAGGGUAGAAUAAAACGUAAUAAAGCCACGUCCCGUCCUCAAACGCCUAGUACAAAUAGUUCUGGUAAUGUCAAUAAAUCUUCGAAAAGUAAUGGUAAUGCAGCCUCAAAUGCUGUUUCAAAUGCUGCUUCUAAUGUUGCUUCAACAAAUGCUGCUUCAACAAAUGCUGUUUCAACAAAUGCAUCUCAAAAUCGCCGUAGAGCACAAAGUGUCGUUCCUGUUACCAAUACUACAUCCACGUCGUCUAAAGAAAUUAAAAAAGAAGAAAAAGAUAAGGAUAAAGAAACAACACAACCCAUUAGGUCUACCACACCAUUAUCUGUAACAAGUAGCAGUUCUAGAACUAAGAGUCCUGCAACGCCAGCUAAUAACAGGCAAACUAGAACAAACAAAAAUAUGGAUUUUCCUGGAAUUGAACCACGUAGACGUACUAGAAGAACAUCAGGUCAUACGGACAUAUCAAUUCCAUCAGAAACUGAUGAAGACAGCGAAGCAUACGAGUCUGACACAACUGAACCAGAUCAAACAAAAACAAGGUCCAAAGGUACAGAUGAAAGAAAACGAAGAGAUGUUAGAAAUCGAGAUGACAGAAUCAAAGCUGAGGAUAUUAGCGAAGGGGAGGACGAUAAAGAUAAUAUAGAAGAACCUCGUAGAGGUCGUAGAUUGAGAAGAACACUUGCUAAAGUACAAGGUGUCAAAUCUGAACCUGAUAGCGAUGAAGAGCAACCAAAGGGUAGAGAUUUUGAUCUUAAUCAAAUAAGGUCUGAAUUAAAAGGAUUUGAUAAAGCAGUUAAAUUAGAAUUAGUUAGAGUUGAGCCCAAUUCUGAGGAUGGUAUUAAAACGGAAGAAAAGGAAAAUCUUUCUACUUUAAUUUCUCCGAAAAUAGACAAAAAUGUAGAAGUAUUAAAAACAGAAAACAUUCCAAAUCCAAAGCCUAUAGAUAGCAAUGAAGAUAUCUAUGAAUUUAAAGAACCGGAACCUUUUGAAUUUGAAGUAAGAAAUAAAAGAGAUACAAACGCGGAAAAGGACAAAAUAAAGAAAAGAAUGUUCGAAGAGGAGCCUAAAAGUCCUAAGAAAAAACAAAAACCAGUUACAAGCCCAAUAACCAAAGAUACGAAAUCUGAUUCAGACAAUGAUUCUCGUAAUAAGAAAAGCAGAAAGUUAUUUAGUAAUAAGCGAGCUGACGAUUCUAAUGAUACGACAAUAAUACCCCUUAACAAACCAUUACAAGCAGCAACGCCGCCGCAAUCUUUGACGUGCGAAGAGGCAUUUGAUAAACUUUGCGUACCUCCGUCGUCAUUUAGUCAUAGUAAGUCAUCAACAAAUUUAGAAGAAACUGGAAAAGUAGUUAACAGUAUAGAUCUUCUGUUUAGUGAUUUACCAGGCGACGAUGAUGUUACUCACGAUGAUUCCGAGGAUCGUUUAAUAAUAUCAGAAACUGAAGUUUCCGAAACGGAACAAGAAAAUUUAUUUACUUAUCAUCAAGAAAUGUUUACUACAACUUCUGAUUUAACUGACACUAUUGAUUUGGAAAAGGGAACAACUAAUACUCAAGCUGACCCCCCAAUAAGGGAAGAUUUAACAUUAUCGGUUAUUGUUAAUAAACCAGGAGGAGCUUUGGAGCAAAAGCAAAAUGUUAAGUCAUCGCCUGUAUCCAGACUAUCUCCAGAAUUAAGAACACUUGAUGCAAAACUUAUAAAUAUUCAGCCAAUUUUGUCACCAGUUGUGGUAACACCCGCUCCCAUAAGCACGAGACUUCCUGCUACGUCUACGAUAGAAGAAAAAUUAUCAGCUGCAGCGAUGGCUUUUAGAAAUAAAACUAAAGAUACCCCAAAAGAAGAUGAAGUUUCUGAUACUAUAAGAAAAAUUAAUAAAGAAGUUACCAAAAAAAUAGAUACUAGUGUCGUCUUGCAUAAGAAUAAGGAAGAUCAGAUUAUUUCGAAACAUGAAAUUGAUAAUAGAAAUCGAGAAGAAGAAGAUAUUACAAUGAAAGAGGAAGAGCAAAGAAGAGACAUUAUGUGUGUAGUUAUUAAGCAAAAGGAAGAAGAACUUCAGCAAUUAAAAUUAAAGAAGGAAUCUGAAUUAAAAAAAUUUACAGAAAUCAAAAUUGUUACAGAACAAAGAAAAACUCAAGAUAGUAAAGACGACGAUGAUUGGAAAAAUGAAGAUAAUAUAGGAUGUAGUAUAAUAGAGGAAGACAUUAAGGAACAAGAUUCGAAAGAGAGGGAAAAGGAUAAACGAAAAAAAGUUGUUAACCAAGAAAUCGUGGAUUCAACCGAUAGUAGUGAUUCUGAACAGAGGCUAGUUAUUGAUAACGAAGAGCCUCAAGAUAUAAAAGAUCCUAUAUCUAACUUUGAUACUAAAUUGAGAGCAGAGCUAGAUAAAUUUCAAGAUAGCCAGGAACACUAUCCUAAAACGCAAACACCUAAACCUGUACUAAAUUUAAAUCCUCAACAACAGCAGCAGCAGCAGCAGCAGCAGGAAUGUAUAACUGAUUUUAAAUCAGAAUCAAUAUCGGGAAUUAUUAAUAUUAAGACAGACGAAGAGGGGGAAACAAUUAAUUCUUUACUUUGCGAGGAAGAGAUUCCAGGCUCGCCAGCUCCCCCUGUUGAAAUUAUAGAAAAGGACAAUGCAGGACCCUCGUAUUCACCGCCACAAGCUGAGAUUAACGAAACUAAUAUUGUCUUAAUGGAAAUGCCUUUUGCAAGUGCUCCAACUUCGGGUGAAAGCACAACAAGUAACACUGUUGCUACUCUUAGUAUGGCAUUGCCAAAACCUGUUGAAACAUCUAUUCCAUCUGCAUUGCCAAUACAGCAAAAUUCUACGCUUGGGUUACGACAACAAGUACAACAUCAACACUUACCAGCCCUUAUGCCUGCACAAAGACGGGAAAGUAAUGAUGCAGCACCGGUAAUGGAUAAUACUCCUCCUACAACACCAGACUCAAGUAUUUCUAACAUUUCUGGAUCUCCUCGUGAGGAAAGAAUUGACGGAUCUUCACCAAUUUCGGAAGAUAAUAUGAAAUUAAAUAGGGAUAGUUCUGAAGCAGAUAAUGAUAGUGGUGGCAAGGGACAAGGAUUUAUUGAAGAUGAUAUAUUAACUAAUUCAGAACGAAAUUCAGGAGAUAGAGCAUUAAAAGCUCCAGCUAAACGAUCAGUAGAAGAAACUCAAAGUCCGAAAAAACGAAAGAGAAAUAGAAAACAUUCGGAAUGUGGAGGAAAUAUUCCUAAAAAAACUGGUAGGCCAAGUGGUCGACAUACCAGAAAUGGCGCUGGCAGUGAUAGCGAUGAUACAAGCGAAGGGUCUAAUUUAUGUUUAGUAAAUCCAACAUCUACAAAUCACACAAAUAUUAAUAGUGUAACAGAUCUCAACACUUAUUCAUCAAGACCACCUAGGCAGGUGAAAUACAACUUCUACGUGGAAUUCGGUCCAGAAUUAGAUGGAAGCCAAAGAAUAGCUGUAUUGCAACAAAAAUUAACAGAAUUACGUCAAACGUAUAAUUCCGUAAAGGUUGAACUUGCUGCUAUAGAAAGACGGAAAAAGAAAUUACGAAGAAGAGAUCGGGAAGCAACAAAAGCAGCUAAAGCGGAGAUGCAGCAAGCCUGUUCGUGAUGGGCGGGCUGUAUUUGAUAGCUAUCUGCAUAUCUCCACAUAUUAAAGUCUUUUACGUAUGCAUAUUAUGUAUACAUGUAUACAACGAUGCUUUCCCAAAAUUUAUCAAACGGUAUUAUUCGUAGUCAAAUUAUUUCAAUUAACUUAAACAUCACUAUGAUCAUUUUUUUGACUUUAAUGCUAUUACUAAUGUUAUAACUGUGUUUAUGAAUGAUAUGAUGUGUCAUAUAUAAAAUAUUCAAAUUUGAUGUACAAAUUUGCAU